AUGGCGAUCCUUUUUGGAGAUCAGCAUCGCCUGUACAGCCAGUACGAGGCACUGGUCACCUCGGGGCUUCAGAUCUUGCCGAUUCUGUUGAUUCCGGCAUUGCUUACGAACAUCCAGCGCGCGGCCAACUUCCAGGAGUCUCCCUGGAGCGGUGCCUAUGUGACGAGCAAGUACUCCACUGAAGUCCAGGAGAAAGUCAUGAAGGUCGUCAUGACCCGACGCAAGCAGUUCGGACGGGCGCUCGCCGACUCAAGUAGCUUCAUGUGUCUGCUGUACUUUCUGUUCGUUUGGGCUCAGGCAGCUCGGACGAGCCCGGCUGAUGUGGCGGACUUCGAUCGCCUGCUGUUGCCGGUCCACCUGGUGGUCAUGUACCUGUGCGCCCUUUUCCAGGGCGGCUUCAUCGAGUUUAGCGAUCUGAGCAACACGUGGCUGGGAAUCGUGCUGAAUGCCACCAUGAUCGUGGGUCAGUUCUGCAUCAACUCUUGGUCUGAUGCCGUCGCCUACCGAGAGGAGCUCUUCAUCGCUUGUCGGCUCUUUGCGGGGUGCAUCUUUUGCGACCAUCGCAAAGCACUUGGCUGUGAAGUCUUCUUCAUUGGACUCCACAUCUUGAAAAGCGCCAGCGGUGGGGGUUUCACAGGUGGCUGCCUUGAGUUCGGACUAUUGCUGCUCUCCUCCACGUCGAGGUGGGUGAUCUGGUACGCCCUGGAGCAUUUCGUGAAGCAGUUCACUGGGAUGAUGAUCCAGUCUGCAGACGCGUCAGCAUCCCUUGCGGCCUUCCGCGCGGUGCUGUCCAGCCAGUGUGAUGCGGAAGCGUACCUUGGCGAAGACUUGUGCUUUGUGGAUCCCUCCGAGAAGUUGGCACACUUCUUCCAAGUCAAGUCCGAGGAGCUGCGCAACAGAUGCGUGACCGAGUUCAUGUCCGAGGAGGACAAAGAACGAUUGCUCAAAGUGGUGCAGUCCUCCGUCGAAGGCCGCUGCGAUGAAAGCGCGGGUGCCUGCGGCGAUCCGCAGACGGCCCAAUGCCUCACGGUGACUUUGGAGACCGGCAAUGGACGGAAAGUGGAGACGCAGCUCUGCCUUGGAAGCGGACCAGCCACCUUGGGCCAGGGCGUCUCCCACGUCGUUGCACUGAACGAGGUAAGGGACAUCCCUACCACGUUGUUUGCUGCCGAGGGAUCGCUCGACGACGUCAUCCCACAGGACGCUGCUCACCUCCUUCCGCAGUCCAUCGAGGAGUCUGAGAAGCUGGACAGCAGUGUGGCACCCGCGGUUCCGCUGAAUGCGGAGACUUUGGCGUUCCAUGCCUGGUCCUUGGAUGCUCCGAGCAAACCCUGUGGCGUCGUGCACUCCGUGGCCUUGCGGAUCGAGCCCAGCACAAUGGAGGUGUGCGACAUCACCUUGUCGGUGAAAUCGAAGGGGAACAGGUUGGCGAAAGAACGUAGGGUGGCACUCCGCGAGUGCAUUGUUCCAGGCGUUUGGCAAGAUGUCAACGACUGGAUUGCCAAGUCACUUUCGGAUGGGGUCUCCCAAGCUCCAGCGAUUGUGCCCUUUGUCUUCCCGAAGAUGGCCACACAGGUCUUAGCUGCAAGGCGCGCGGAGCUGCAAUGGGUUCGGAGCCCUGGCCAUACGAAGGAGCUCUUGCUGACCCUCUGCGACAUACGAAUACGAAGGUUUCAAGAAAGAAGUCUUCACCGAGCUGUUGGCCGGGGCACGCGUUCCGACGUCAGUCGUGAGAGCCUUGUCAGCGGCAUUCCUGCGAGCGACGGAAGCGCUCACCUCCGACCUUGGGCUCCUCCUCGAGCUUCGCGAUAUUUGUAG